AUGAAACUUGAAAUUUGCAAUUAUAGUGGAUAUAAAAUAUAUCCAGGUCAUGGUAAACGUGUUGUUAAAAUUGAUGGCAAGGUACACAUUUAUUUAAAUUCUAAAUGUCAACGAUCAGCAGAUAUGCGUCGAAAUCCUCGUCGUGUUACAUGGACUGUUUAUUAUCGACGAAAACAUAAGAAAGGUGCAGCUGAACAAGAAGUUAAAAAACGUACACGUCGUAAUGUUAAAUUUCAACGUGCUAUAACUGGUGUUACAUGGAAUGAAAUUCUUGCUAAACGUAAUCAACAACCAGAAUUUCGAAAAGCUCAACGACAAGAUGCUAUUAAGUAA